GCGAGCCCCGACGGCCGCGGUUGGUGGAGGGGGGAAAAUGGGGGAGAGUGGGGGGUAGUUUGGGGAGACUGAGGUGGGGAGUAGGGGGAGAACGAGGAAGGGAGCCUCACCCCUGGGAAGCUUUCUGCGCACGCGCAUCUCGGUGCCUCUGUUGGGCGGGGUUGCGGGGCCUGUGACACCGCCCGCUGAGCUCUGUGAUGUAGCCGCUUGGGGAGACUGGAAGCAGCCGCGGCGCGCCCGGCCCGCCGUCUUCCGCUGCCGCCGUGGGAAUGGAAACAUCUGCCCCACGUGCCGGAAGCCAAGUGGUGGCGACAACUGAGCGCCACUCCGCGGCCUGCCGCGCAGAUCCUCUGCGUGUGUCCUCGCGAGACGAGCUCACCGAAAUGGCCGCGUCCACUCAAGGCAACUUUGAGGGAAAUUUUGAAUCACUGGACCUUGCGGAAUUUGCUAAGAAGCAGCCAUGGUGGCGUAAGCUAUUCGGGCAGGAAUCUGGACCUUCAGCAGAAAAAUAUAGCGUGGCAACCCAGCUGUUCAUUGGAGGUGUCACUGGAUGGUGCACGGGUUUCAUAUUCCAGAAGGUUGGAAAGUUGGCUGCAACAGCUGUGGGAGGUGGAUUUUUUCUCCUUCAGCUUGCAAACCAUACUGGGUACAUCAAAGUUGACUGGCAACGAGUGGAGAAGGACAUGAAGAAAGCCAAAGAGCAGCUGAAGAUCCGUAAGAGCAAUCAGAUACCUACUGAGGUCAGGAGCAAAGCUGAGGAGGUGGUGUCAUUUGUGAAGAAGAAUGUUCUAGUGACUGGGGGAUUUUUCGGAGGCUUUCUGCUUGGCAUGGCAUCCUAAGGAAGAUGACCUCAUGUUCAUUGUUCCUGUUUUUUUCCAGCCAGCAGCCUCUACACUCCAUCACAGGACAUCGAGUCCCUCCUCCUCUUCUCCUAUGCCUUCCUCCCUGUCAUGGCAGAUCCGAGUGGCUUCUAUAAGCGUCUGCUGGUACAAGUUAAUGUGGCAUCAUGAGCCUGAUGGUGGCAGAAGAGACAAUAGUCCUUAGCUCUCCUCCCAGUACACCCCCUACUUGGUCAGUCUGUAGGUCAACAAGAAAGUUCCUUUACCCCCAUGCAAGACACUUACGAGAACAUGUUGCAAGAUGGCUGACUGUGGAGGAUGAGUGGAUCCUGAAAGGUUGUCCCGAACUGUUGAUUUGGAAAAGAAAUAAGCACAUAGAUAACCUUAUUGUGUGCUGCAUGGAAAGGAACUGAAUACAUUUGCCUUUAAGCAUGAAAGA